GAGAGAAGAAGUCGAGGAGGAACGCAACCCCAGACCUAGCCGAAGCUAGCGGGACUGACGAAAAGCCUGCAAUAAGAGACCAGUCAGCAUUUGAUCAACGAAGAAAAGGUGGCAGCGACUCAUCUUUUGCGUCCGAGUGAUGGCCGAGGAAAGUCGCGGAAGGGGGGAAAUGGGGGAGGGGAUAUCUGCGCUCUCACUCUUGCGGUCUUGAAUCUUCAUGCGCGGUUGGGAGCAUCACUGCCCGAGCCUGCUGCCUUAUGACUUCCGCCAUCUGCUGCUGCCAUCCGAACCUGUCCGCCCUCGUCAGGACGCCAAACUAGAGGGAAACUUAGCGCUAGGCCUGGGCGUGCACUUGAAUUCACGCAAGCCGACUGAGCUGACCGAGCGAGAUCUGACUGACUGACAACGACCCAGAUGACGACGGCAAGAGCAAGCGAGAUGUCGAAUCCUGAAUACCCAAGGUCAAUGAUUGUGCCAUCGCUAGCACGGGCUUUACGAUGUCCGACGCGCUGCUCGAGCGAUUGACUUGCGGCAUACACGUCUUAGAAUACAGCGACAGCGCAGCUGUCGAGGAUGCGAUACACGGCCCAGCCGAACUGAUACACAAGUAAGAUACAUACUCAGACCAGCUGAAGGCACCAGGCGAGCAGACCAGCUGAUCAAGACGAUACAGACUGAUAACAUACAGCUCGUCGCCCCCCAGAAGCGACGAGAGACGCCCACGGUGGCUGUC